AUGCUCGUUUGGUCCUCUUACCUCUUAGCAGACUGGUCUGCUAAUUUCGCCGUCGGCCUCAUCUCCAAGAACCAAGGUAAAGGUUCAAAACCCGGUGACCCUCCACAGGACAAAAAGCUCAUGGCUUUAUGGGCACCAUUCUUGCUCUUGCAUCUUGGUGGACCCGACACAAUCACGGCUUUUGCGCUCGAAGACAACGCUCUUUGGCUCAGGCACGUCUUUGGUCUCGUCUUUCAGGCGAUUGCUGGUGUCUAUGUAGUUCUUCAGUCUAUCCCCAACAGCCUCUUGCUGAUAAUCAUCCUAGUGUUCGCUUCCGGGACUAUAAAGUAUCUGGAGAGGACAACGGCUUUGUACAGUGCGAGUUUGGACAAGUUUAGAGACUCUAUGGUUCAAGCACCAGAUCCAGGACCCAACUACGCCAAGCUCAUGGAGGAGUACAAGGCCAAGAAAGAGGCGAGACUGCCCACGAAGAUCAUUCUGAUCGAUGAGCCUGACAAGGAAUCCAGGCCUAAGAAGUUAGUGCAUCCAUCAAAGGCCGUGACUGAUGAAAUCAAAGAGUCAAUGCAUCAAUCAAAGUCUGGAGAAACAAAAAAGGUGGUAAGAGAAGCGUUGCACGAUCUUGAGAUUGUUCAAUAUGCUUACAAGUUCUUCAACACGUUCAAGGGACUUGUGGUCAACCUAAUCUUCAGCUUCAGGGAGCGUGACGAGAGCCUUGAGAUCUUUGAGAAUCUUUCUGAUCCAGAGGAAGCUCUGAGGAUCAUUGAGAUCGAGCUCGGUUUCCUUUACGACGCUCUGUUUACCAAAGUCGCGGUUCUCCACACCGCUAUUGGAUGUGUCUCGCGUGUUGUUGCUUCGGGUACACUUGUGGCAGCUUUCGUCCUCUUUCAUAAGAAACCACACAAAGGCAGAGAGUUUCAUGGAGCUGACGUUGUGGUUACCUACACGCUCUUCAUCGUUGGACUAGCUUUGGAUCUCAUAUCCAUCAUCCUGUUUUUGUUCUCUGACUGGACCUGUGCUGCACUGAGCAGCUUGAAAGACGACCCUGAAGAGUCUCUAUCGUCACCGUUAGAUAAAGCUUUCAACUGGUUACUUAGUUUAAGACAGUUGCGUUGGAAGCCGCAAGAAUGCCACAAAGAUGCGCAUGAGUGCACCCACAAAUGCAAGAAGCCGUGUCCCAAGGAAACUGUGGAUAAGUGUUCAAAGGACCUGCAUCACGAAGUGCUCACGACUCCGUUCUUCCUCCGGAGAUGGUGUGGAAGCAUUAACGUUUUCAACUUUCUUGCCUUUGCCACUAAAGCAAAAGUAGAGAGGAUCCACGACGCCAGAGGAAGUUUCCGCAAAAACUCAUGGAAGGUCUUUGCUUACCCAUUUGAAAAAAUUAACUUGGUCAUCCAGAAACUCAGUGGAUGGAUGGCCAAGUUGAUCAAUGUUGUGCACAAGUUGAUCAGCUUUGAGAUCAAUGAGACGUCAAGAAAACAUCCUUGGGCUCGUCGUACUAUCCACCCUCUCUAUUUCGGGUUCCUAUCCCAAAUUCCUCAUUUCAUCAAGUUCGUGUGGGAUAAGCUCAGCGACUUCUUCGACAUCUCUGAUAUGCUCGACAUGGUCUACAAGACUCUGUUUGUGCACGGAGAGCCCAUGACGAAAGAACUUUGGGUGUUUAUGUUCAAUCAGUUGAAGUACAAAUCAAAGUUUGGAGACAGUCCUGAAAACGCCAAAAGGAUAUCUCUGGCUCGAGGAGAAUGGACUCUAAGAGACAACCUGCCAGAGGAAGCAGACCGGGAGAGACUGGUGCGUUAUGUCACAGACUUUGAUUAUGAUCAGAGUCUUUUGAUGUGGCACAUCGCGACCGAGCUCUGUUACCAACAGAAAGAGACCGUCUCUAAGGAUCAUAGAUAUGAUCAUUGCAGUCACCGUGAGUACAGCAAAAUCAUCUCGGACUACAUGAUGUAUCUCCUGAUCAUGCAGCCUGGUUUAAUGUCCGAGGUUGCUGGAAUUGGGAAGAUCAGGUUCAGAGACACGUUGGCCGAAGCUGACAAGUUCUUCCACAGGAGGCAUAUCGAGGACAAGAGGAGCGUGAAGAUAGCCACGGAGACGAUUCUUGACGUUAACAGUGAGAUUGAUCCGAUGGGGGUCAAGGGAGAUAGAAGCAAGUCUGUGUUGUUUGAAGCAAGCAGGCUGGCUAAAGAGCUUAUGAAGCUGGAGGAGAAGCAUGGGAUAAGCAAAUGGAAGAUACUGAGCAAAGUGUGGGUGGAGCUGCUCUGUUAUGCGGCGUGUCAUUGCGACUCUACAGCUCACGUGGAGCAACUCAGCAGAGGAGGGGAGCUCAUCAACUUCAUUUGGCUUUUGAUGGCUCACUUUGGGCUAACGGAUCAAUUCCAGAUCAACAAGGGAGAUGCAAGAGCCAAACUUAUUAUAGGCAAGUGA